ACAUACAUUUUGUCAUCAUCAACACCUGGCUCUUCUUCGUACGACUGCACUAUUGAUUCCUGUUCUUGUGAUUUCUUCUUUAAAUUCCAUUUACCUUGUCGACACAUAUUUGCUCUACGGUCUAAUCUUUGUCUGCCACUCUAUCAUUGCAAUAAUGAACGCUUUAAAAGCACUCCUGUCAAUCCAGUUCUUCAUGUCUCUAAUGAUCACAGUAUCACACAUGAAAUCAUUCCAACGAGAAAUGCCAGCACUCCUGAGUCCCGUUACCAUCUUACUAGAGAAAUAACUAAGGACAUUGAAUCUUUCUUUCCUUUAUUGGGGGAGCAUGCCUUUCAAAUUGCAUUAUCUCAUCUCAACAGAGUUUUCUCCCUCAUUAAAUCUGACCGUGCUGUAGCUGUAAUUGACCUUUCGGAAUUACCUGAGCCCGCUUCCUCCAUGUCCUCUGAAAGCCUUGGUGCUGCUGUCUUGACCACUUUGUCUCUACCACCUCCUUCUCUGUCCUCUGAAAGCCUCGAUGCUGCUGUAAUGCCC